AUGUCGAGCCCCGCGACGACUCAGGCUCCCAACCCCCUUGGCGCCACAGCAACCCCCCACCAGGGCCACCACCCCAUCUUCGACCUCCCCCUUGAGCUGUUGUUCAUGGUGGCUUCCCACCUAGGAAAUGGCUCGUACCUUGCCUUCUCCCUCACCAGCCGCGGCAUGCACAGGAUCCUGUUCGAGCCUCUCUAUACCCGUGACGAGGACGAGGUCGCCGCAACCACCACCUCCACCCCCAGCACCACCACCACCACCACUACUACUAUCACCUCGCCCUCUAGCAACGGCGAGACCAGCGCCGCGCCCACCACUAUCCCCAAAACUCCCACCGGCACCGUCCCCAACCGCGACGAAUCGAUCUGCGCCGACUUCUUCGACUGCGAGCUGCAGCCCCAUCCCCGCAUAACCAACCUGCACCGCGCCUUCUACCACGGCGUGACGCAGAGGCUCCGGCGGCCGAUGGAGCUGGCGGAGGCGCUGGGGUGUCAGCGGCCGCACCUGUCGUUUGUGGUGGAGGACUUGUGGGUGAUGCUGCCGCUGUACGAGGCGGCGGCGGACUGCGACGUGGGGUUCACGUACUUCCUGCUGCGGCGGUACGCGCCGCUGCUGCGCUACUCGCUGGGCACGGGCCGCAUGCUCCACGACGUGCUGCUGCGCGCCCUGCACGCGCGCCGCCAGGGCGGGCCCUGCUACUGGGGCGUCAUCUACCCGCUCCUCGACGCCGUCGACCACCGCCACCCCUUCCACCACGACUUCGACGACCGUCUGCUCAAGGUCAUGAUGCGCUGGGGCGUGCCCCCUUGCUCUGACCAUGGCGGCAGCCCGUCCUGCGGCUCCUGCUUCCUGGACCUGGUGGAGAUGGCCGUGUCGAAGCGGUUGGUGCGCUUCGGUGGCGUCUCCAAAGACAGGCUGGAACGCUGGAUCGAUCGCCUGCCGGCCCACCUCCAGAACCGGGUGUAUGAUAUGCUGUGGAAGGUCAGAUGUAGCCCCCUGCGGUGGAAAACCGGGAAUUCCCAGGUCGGGGGCUCCGAGAGCGAGCACUCAGAGACCAAUAGCUCCGAUAGCGAGGGAAGCCAGGAGCACGUGGAGGAUUGA